CUGACGGGAGUUAACGCAGCUGGGGACCGUUCUAGGCCGGGGGACCCUCCUCCCCCCACUUGGGGGGGAAAGACAACCGAGGGGGCCGCCCGAGCUCGAGAAUCUGGAACCGGCCAAGAAACCCAGGCAUUCAAGGGGAUUGGGACGGUUUUCGCACCAGAAAUUGGAUCCAGUUUCUCCUCUCUAUGUCUUUGUAGCAGAGAGGGUGGGCAGGCACCAGCGGUGCCACUCUUUCUGCCCACCCUUUUUUACCCUCCAUGGAACUUGCCAACUGCCCUUGACUCAUCUGCUCAAAGGGUCGGACUCCCACAACCCUGAAGGAUGUAAUGUACCCCCCACAUCCCGUGCUGGGGGCAACUCCGCCUAAGCAAGUGAGGCUCUACUGAUGCCCAGCUGACACCUUGAAUCCUGGAAAUGGCACCCUCCUAGCCGAAUUGGGGACACCCCCCCCCCCACCAACCUGGAACACUCAAGAUGGAGAAAGUCUUUGGCAACCUCAGUGCGGUUGUGCCAGCUUCCCGCCUCACACCAGCCUUCCCACCUGCGGUCAAGGUUGGGCUCACGGCACUGUACACAGCGCUGUAUGCCUUGCUUUUCCUUUCGGUCUACGCCCAGCUCUGGUUGGUUCUCUUCUAUCGUCACAAGAAGUUCAGCUACCAGACUGUCUUCCUCUUCCUCUGCCUCUUCUGGGCCGCCCUGCGCACCACCCUCUUCUCCUUUUACUUCAGAAACACCCUCAAGGCCAACCACUUGGGUCCUUUCUUCUUCUGGCUUCUCUACUGCUGCCCGGUCUGCCUGCAGUUCUUCACCUUGACCCUCAUGAACCUGUAUUUUGCCCAGGUGGUUUUCAAAGCCAAAGCAAAAUACCGCCCUGAACUGACCAGGGGCCUGUUGGCAGUGCGCGGGGCAUGCCUGGGCGCCAGUAUCCUCUUCCUAGUGGUGAAUGUGGCAUGUGCCGUGCUAGUACGGGGACGCCGGGUGGAGCCCUGGGCCGUGGUUCUGGCGCGGGUCCUAAUCAACGACUCACUGUUCGUACUGGGGGCUGUCUCUCUUGCACUCUGUCUCUGUCUCGUGGCCCGGGGGUCUCCUUCCACCCGUAUCUAUCUGGAAGCCAAGGGCACCACCCUGUGCCAAACGGCUGCCAUGGGUGGCACCAUUGUCUUGCUGUACGCCAGCCGAGCAUGCUACAACCUGGCAGCCUUGGCUCUAUCCUCCCGCACCCGUCUCGAUUCUUUUGACUAUGACUGGUACAACGUAUCGGACCAGGCGGAUCUAAUCACUGACUUGGGAGACCAAGGAUACAUCGUCUUCGGCCUCAUCCUCUUCAUUUGGGAACUGCUGCCCACUGCGUUGCUGGUUGGCUUCUUCCGGGUUCACCGACCUGCUCAGGAUAUGAGUGCCAGCCGCGUCUUCACCCGGCAGCUUGGAGUCUCCCGUUCCUAUUUCUUUGACCACCCUGGACAGCGUGAUAGCGAAGGACUGACCAGCAGCCUGACGGGACGGCUGAGCAGCGGAAGCUGGUACGGCUCUAUCAACCACAGCAGCGUUGGCGAGCAGGAUUGGUUUGGGAAUCACCCUCCCACAGCCCCUCUUCUCUUCUCACAAGCAGCAGUUUCUGGCAGCCACCACCACAGCCUCUACUCCACCCCGCAGAACUGAGGAACGUGGGAGGGUUGGGAGGCAGGACGGGGAAGGGAGGGGCUCCUUACCGAUGCAGGAAAUCAGGUGGUGGAGAGACAGGGAUGCCCAGAGUGUUAUA